UUCAUUCAAAUCGGUUAGACUCGGAUUAAACAUAGGAUACACCUGCAUCGCCAGUUCCGUGGAAGAUCCGACUGUCCGCUGGUUUACCUUUUCUUUCCGCUGCUGUGUCGACUCGGCAUGGGGAACUGUUUGACUGUGGGUCCAAACGAGGCUCUGGUGGUCUCCGGUGGUUGUGGCUCUGAUGAUAAGGAAUACAUCGUGGGAGGCUGGGCCUGGGCUUGGUGGUUCCUCUCAGACGCUCAGAGGAUAUCACUGGAGCUCAUGACUUUGUGGCCCCGAUGUGAGGAUGUGGAGACAGCAGAGGGAGUAGCCAUCAUUGUCACAGGGGUGGCUCAGGUGAAAGUCAUGACAGAGCCUGACUUGCUGGCAGUGGCUUGUGAGCAGUUUCUGGGUAGAUCAGUGAUGGAAAUCAAAGCCAUGGUUCUGCAGACUUUGGAGGGACAUCUGCGCUCCAUUUUAGGUACCUUGACUGUAGAGCAGAUCUAUCAGGACAGGCACCAGUUUGCUAGACUGGUCAGGGAGGUAGCGGCUCCUGAUGUGGGCAGAAUGGGCAUCGAGAUUGUCAGCUUUACCAUUAAGGAUGUGUUUGAUAAACUGGAUUACCUGAGCUCUCUUGGGAAGACGCAGACUGCGGCUGUCAAGAGGAAUGCAGACAUUGGCGUGGCUGAGGCAGAGAGGGAUGCUGGGAUACAGGAAGCAGAAUGUAAGAAAGAGAUGAUGGACGUGAAAUUCCUGGCCGACACCAAGAUGGCCAACUCCAGACGUGAACUGGAUCUGCAGAAAGCCAUCUUCAACAUGGAGGUCAACUCAAAGAAAGCAGAGGCCCAGCUGGCAUAUGAGCUGCAAGCAGCCAAGGAGCAGCAGAAGAUCUGUCUGGAGGAGAUUGAGAUCCAAGUGGUGCAGAGGAAGAAACAGAUCACCAUUGAGGAAAAGGAGGUCGACCGGACAGAAAAAGAGCUCAUUGCUGUGGUGAAGAGGCCCGCUGAGGCUGAGGCCUACAAAAUGCAGCAGCUGGCUGAGGGGCAGAAGAUACAAACGGUGCUGAUAGCUCAGGCAGAGGCAGAGAGGAUUAAGAUGAUUGGGGAGGUGGAGGCUUUCGCGAUCGAAGUCGUCGGCAAGGCGGAGGCUGAGAAAAUGAGACUGAAGGCGGAGGCCUACCAGCAGUACGGAGAGGCAGCUAAGAGUGCACUGGUCCUCGAGGCCCUGCCCAAGAUUGCGUCCAAGGUGGCAGCGCCAUUAGCCAAGACCAAUGAGAUUGUCAUCCUGAACGGGGACGGCAGCUGUGUGACAGGAGAGGUAAACCGCCUUUUGGCUGAGCUGCCUGUGUCUGUCAAAGCUCUCACUGGAGUGGAUUUGUCAAAGAUCCCAUUGCUGCAGAAGAUGACAGUACUCAAGCCUGAAAACUGAUGACUCCACAUGACUCCAGUAUCUGUUGUAUGCACACUCAUAGACUGCCUUUAAUACACUUGAAAUUUUUUUCGUUUUAUACGUAUAUACUGUAUACCAAGUGAAUUCUUUGGAAACCUCUGGUGCCUUACUUUAUACAGGACCAGAAAAUCUGCAUGCAUUGUUGCUCAUUCAAAGAACUUUUAUUUCAUUUUAAUUUGGGAAUAGUUUGUGUACUUUUUUUCUUUUUUGUAUUUUUCUUAUAGUUUUGGUAUUUGAAUUGUAUAUAUCGGCCCGUUUGUAUGAAAUGUCAUUGAAAAUGAGAGCUGAUAUUAGACAGGCGUGACAGUUACAACCCAAUGACUCUCACCCAGGUUACAUUUAUAUUAUCUCGUGUCCUGACAGCUGAUGUUAACACUUAUUCUUUGGUAUUUAUACAUCAGGGCUCUAGUUUUUUCAGAUGACAAGGCCUCUGCUCUCACUUUUUACCCUUGGUAUGUUGCAGGCCUUUUUGUUGAUAUCUACACGUCCUUAUUUGACACAUCUGCAUUCCCAUGAUAAUCUGAAUCAUUCUUGUUAAUUUUAGAACUUUAUUUGUAUUGUUCAUGUUGUAUUUUUUGACUAGCAAACGUUAUUCAUUAUGUCUCAGUGAUUGAUUUUUACAAUUUAACAAAGGUGCUCACAAUCUUAAAAGUAGACCCUUUUAUUGUACAAAUCUCCAUUUUAAGUUUGUCCCAUCUGCAGAGUUUCUUCAGGUUUUGUCUGCUCCUCUGAGAAAAGUUUCAUUCUCUGCAAAAUGUUGUUAUCGGGCUUGAUACAUAAUGAUUCUAAUUUAAUUGUUGAUAGAAAAACAGGAAGCAAAUUCUGAUCUUGUUCAGUAUAAGAGCUCAAAACGUGUUCCAUUAAUAUUUAGUGUAGGUUUUACUGUAAAAUAGUCAUAGUUUUGGCAUUCAGACUGAAAAAAAAUUGAUUGGUAUUAAAAAAAAAAGAAAAAAAAGGAGAGAGUGAAAAUGGCUGAGUUGGAGUUGUGUUAAACAUGUUUAUAUAAGGAAAAAAGCUUAAUUUAACAGAAUGGAUUCUGAAAAUGAAAGGCCAAAUAACGAUGCCAAAUAGAAUAGAUCGACUUUUUUUGUACCAGAAGGAGGGAUAGGGAUACUGCAUAGUUUACCUGACACUGAUGUUUAAUUUUGCACUACAAAUAUCUGUAAAUGCUAAGCCAUGUUCAGGUUCUGUCAACAAACCGAGCUCACGUUUCACAGAAAGACACUUUCUGUUCAAUGUGUGUACAUGUUUGCACUUAAAUAACUGUCACAUCAAAUAUAGAAUGGCACUUUCUUAUUUAUCAAACAAUGUUUUAUGUGUUUUACUUGAUGUGUUUUGUUUUUUUUGCACCAAAUGUUAAGCUCCAGAGCAGCUGUACACAGGAUCUGAUGCUUAGUUAACUGUCAAAGAUUUCUGGAAAAUGAUUGGCAGGGAGUUGGCAGAUAUAGUAUAUUAUUGUGCAUAACAAGUCGACCCCUCCAGUGAAAUUUAAUUUCAUCCACUUCCACUUCCACUUCCACUUCCAGAAGAAGUGACAGUAAACUCUGGUAACCAGUACCUGCUCCAAACCUCUCAAAGCUGCACUCACCUCUACUAAACUGAAACUGGCCUGACGGUGAUGUUUAGUUUGAAUCUCAUAUCUCAUACAAAGAACAAAUGCAAUGGUAGUUUUAUGUGUGAGCACACUGAUACAGAAUUUACAGAGGACUGUUAUUAUUGUUGUUUUUUCUGUAUCAAUGGCUCAUUUUGAUUUAUGUUUGUAUCAUUUUUUGUCUAUGUAGUGACUUGACAAAUACUGUGACCAUAUUGAUUUGUUUUUGGCAAGCAAAUAUUUUGUACUUCAGAUGUGUUCAAUAUAUAAACUUAACUCGAACUUAUCUGUCUAAUGUUUUUGUGCGAUUAUUACAUAUAUGUGUUAUAUUCCCAAUUUUAUUUAAAGCAUACACUAUGUGUUUCAAAUGGCCAUGAGUUUCUGUAUGCUCUUGCUGCAUGUCAUCGGUUGUACUCAGAAUAUUCACUUUACUCUUAGCUAAUUGUCAUUCUAAUAAAU